UCGGCGGGCCUGAUGGUGGGUUUAUUUUGGUGCUGAGCUGUGGUUUGUGUUUCGACUGUGCGAUGUCACCAAUCCGCUUCGCCAUUCCCCUGUGCGCUUGGCGGCACUUGAGUGUUUUAAGAAGCGUCCAGAGCCUCAGAGGGAGGCAGUGUGGAGGCGCUCGGCCGCGGUGCUCCUCCACAGGGCUCAACGGCGAGAGGAGCAUGGAGGAACUCCUACGCAGGACCGUGACUCCACUGCCCACCUACGAGACGAGGGACAAGUCCCCCCCGCCGCCCGACUCCAACAGCCUGGAGUUUAUGUACUUCUACAGAAAGCUGAACAAAGAGCAGAAACUGGUGUUUCUCGAAAAGCUGUCAAAGGAGUUCGGAGUGGACCACAGAGGGGUCUCGGAGCUGGCAGUGAAACUGCUGGACACGCAGCUGCGGGACUCGGCCACAGUGCUGCAAGUGGAGGACAGACUCCGUUACAGUUUAACUCCCAGAUACAGACACUUACUCGGCCAUAUAAGCAGGGUGGAGGGGGGAGUGAAGUUUUUGGUGGACCUCCGUGCAGAUGUUAUCGGCAUUACGACUUCUAAAGUUACUGACAGUCCCCAUAUGCGGGAUCUUAACAGCACUUUGAAGAGCCUCCUGUCUGAGUGGUUCUCUGUUGGGCUGCUCCGGCUAGAGAGAAUCACCUGGCAGUCCCCUUGUGAGCUUCUUCAGAAGAUCAGCCAAUAUGAGGCAGUCCAUCCAGUGCGUAACUGGACAGACAUUAAACGUAGAGUUGGACCCUAUCGACGGUGCUAUGCCUUCACUCAUGCCUCCAUGCCUGGGGAACCUUUGGUGGUCUUGCAUGUUGCUCUCACACAAGAUAUUUCAGAUAACAUCCAAAGUAUUGUGAGAGAGUUUGCAACACUGGACGCAAUAGAGGAGGUCCAAAAGAUCAACUCUGCCAUCUUCUACUCCAUCUCCUCCACACAGGCCGGUCUGCAGGGAGUGGAGCUUGGUAAUUACCUCAUCAAGAGGGUGGUCAGAGAAUUGCAGAGUGAGUUCCCCCACAUGGCUCAGUUCUCCAGCUUGUCUCCUAUCCCAGGCUUUGCGGCCUGGCUACAGGGCUUCCUGGGCCAGUACAGGAAGGAGGGCCGUGCAGCUGAGCUUCUCUCUGAGCAAGAGUGGAGGGAAGUGGAGGAGGUGACCGGUGCUGCCCAUGGAGCAGCAGCUCUGGAGACCCUUCGUGCUCUCCUCGGAUCUGGGGAAUGGCUGCGCUCCGAGCGGAUGGUACGCACGCUGGAACCUGUGCUGAUGCGCCUGUGUGCCUGGUACCUGUACGGAGAGAAGAGGCGGGGCUAUGCCCUCAACCCCGUUGCCAACUUUCACUUGCAGAACGGCGCUGUCUUGUGGCGCCUGAACUGGCUCGCAGACACUAGCCCCAGAGGCAUUGCAAACUCAUGCGGCAUCAUGGUCAAUUACCGCUACUUCCUGCAGGAGACCAGCACCAACAGCGCCACCUACUUGCAAAACAAAGUCAUCACAGCUUCAGAGCAAGUGCUGAGCCUCGUCUCACAGUUCCACAAGAACAGUAAAUUGUGAAAUAUCUCCUGAUGCACUUUAACAGAGGGACAAAGCUCUCUACGGACAUGCUUAGCAGUUAGCAGCACUGCUGUUUUUUUUUUUUUUUAAAUGAGGAAUAAUACCUUGAAAUCAAUCUUUAAUUGUUAAAAUGAUAAAGAGGCACAAGAACAUACACUUUUACUGUUCAAAUGAUUGGAAUCACGUUAAAUUAAUAAUUGGUAUUUCUUUCAAUACUAAAGUAGACAAAUCAUAGUCUGGAUACAAUGGGUGUAUUUAAUAUGCUUUAUUUAAUAUUUUUGGGGUAAUAUCAAAGAGUUAUUGAAUGAUAAUAUACUGUAAUUAUCUGAUCAUCGUAAUCCCUUGAAUCGUCUUCUGUCUGAAGUGUUGAUCCUCACUUUUCAAAAACAAGACAUUGUGGACAUUCAUUCUAUUAGAACUUCAUUCUAAUGCAGCUUUGUCAGUCAAUGUGGAAUCAUCUACAGCUCUGUUCAUCAUUCUGGACACAGUUUCCUUCAAAUUAGUAAAUACCUAUUAAGUUCAGCAUUGCAGAGUACAAACGUGACAUUAAAAUCACUUUACAGUACUGUGCAAAGGUUAGAGACCACCGAUUUCUUUUUAUAAUGCCAAGCCAUUAAGUACAAGUUAUUCAUUUUUCAGGAUAUGUUUUUUAAUUAGAUUUGGUGAAGUAAGUGAAAAAAACAGGAAUUUCUAAAACAAAAGUAAAAAAAAAGGACAUAUAGAAAAAAAUAUGUAUAGAGAAUGGGAAACAGCCAUGCCUGGUAGACCACCAAAACUGCCACCAUCAAUAAAACAGUACUAGGAGCUUUCAUCUCAGAGAGAUGCAAAAUAAUCAAGCUCUAUUCUUGAUCCAAAUCUGUAAAAAUCCACCAGUACCUGUCCAUCCUUCCACUGUGAGAAAACAACUCAACACUGUGAGUCUGAAAGGAUGUGUAGCUGUCAAGAAGCCCAUAAUGAGAAAAGAAAAUAGGCUGAAAAAAGAACAUUUCCAAAUCAAAUGAUGAAUCUGCUGGUGUUCUCAGAAUAGUGACCACCUCAUGGUCCAGAAAGCUACAUCACUGAAUGUGUUUGGGAUUAUUUGGAUGAUGAGAAGCAGAAAAUGCAACCAGCUUCUAAGACUGAACUUUUGAGGUAUGGAAAAUUUCUUUGAAAAACUGACAGUUUCAUGGACAGAAUGACAGCUGUAAUAAAGGCAAAGGGUGGAUACAUUAAAUGCUGAAAAAAUGUA